CCCACUUUUGGCAAAAUUUGCGGCAAUGCUGGCACAUUGUGCUGGGGAAGGCGUGCUGUCAGAUUCAAUGGGGAGUUUCACUACGGCCCACAAGUGGAGAGGGGCGGCUUGCGCGCAAAUGAAAGGUACAUUUGGACAUCAGUGCAGCUGUUGCCAGCUACUGGCAUUGCUUGAUCCCAACUUGGUCACAUGAAGCGUCUAUAGAUUUAGAUCGUUUCAUGAGCAUCCCAUUAUAUUUUUGUAAAUGUAAUAUUACAUAAUGACUACGCUUACGCCUCCGGCUCUGGUAUCCCGUAGUUCUUCGGAUCCUCGAAUCUUGCUCUCGAUUUGCCUGCAUGCAGCCAUUGCAAACUUUGCCUGGCCCUGCGACUGGUUGGAGAUUGGCGCGCGCCGGGGCUGUGAAAAGACAGAGGAGUUGGAAAACGAAGACAUUCGAGCCUCCAAAAUAUUCAUUGGCUGCUGGUGCAAGCUGCUUGGGCUACGCGCAUGUCUUUGCCUGGCGGAGUAGCAAGUCAAGGGCCUUGAGAAUAGAUUCUCGAGUUUUGGCUACUGCAACUGGCGUGGCCACAGCAGUCGAAGAGGCAGUAGAGGAGGGCACUGUUGCUGUCAAGCGGCCGCAGCUUCGCUUGCAGAGAGAUGAUGCAGGCAACAUCCAGAAACUUACAGUGACAACACCACUUUUCUAUGCCAAUGGAUCUCCCCACAUGGGAAGUGCUUACCCAGCCAUUGCGGCAGACGUGAUGGCCCGGUAUGGAAAGCUUCAGCAAGCGGAAGUGCAUUAUGUGACUGGCAUGGACGAGCAUGGUGAGAAGAUAGCUCAAACGGCUGCAGAUGCUGAGAAAACUCCACAGGAAUUGGUGGAUGGGAUUGCAGAAGAAUUCCAGGAUCUUUGGGAACUGCUGGAUGUGCAGCCAGAUCACUUUGCGCGGACCACGCCUGACAAGCACAAGGAGAUUGUCCACGAGAUGUGGCAGCGAUGCCUGGACAAUGGGGACAUUUACAAGAAGGACUAUACUGGCUGGUACUGCGUCGGGUGUGAGGCUUACUUGGACGAUGACGAGAUGCUCGAAGGGCACGUUUGCAAGAUUCAUCAGAAAGAGUGCACCCUCCGCAGUGAAGAGAACUAUUUCUUCCGACUUUCCAAAUAUUGGGAUGAUCUCCGGAAACACCUGGAAGAGAACCCGGACUUCAUUUUGCCAAGCAGCCGUCGCAGCCAAGUGCUCGUGUGGUUGGAGGAGGACAACAAGCGCGAUUUCUCAAUUUCGCGUGCCAGCACAUCCUGGGGAAUCCCUGUCCCUGGAGAUGAUUCACAGGUUAUUUAUGUUUGGUUUGAUGCGCUCCUGGGGUACUUGUCAUCCCUGCUGCGACCCGAAGAUCCAGCAACUCUGGAUACAGUCCUCGAGCGUGGUUGGCCAGCAGAUGUCCAUGUGAUUGGCAAGGACAUCAUGAGAUUUCAUACCAUGUAUUGGCCUGCGAUGCUAAUGUCUGCAAAGCUGCCACUACCCAAGCAUAUUUGCACCCAUGGCUUCUUAACAAAAGAUGGCAUGAAGAUGGGGAAGUCGCUUGGGAAUGUUGUGGAACCAGUCCCUUUGGUCAAAGAAUUCGGUGCAGAUGCGGUUCGCUUCUUUUUUGGGAGCUGCUUGUCAUUUGGUUUGGACGGAGACUUUAGCUAUGAGACUUUCAUCAAGAGAGUGAACAGCAGUCUUGCCAACGAGCUGGGAAAUUUGGUGCAUCGAAUAUUGACGCUGUUGCGAAAGAAUCUGCCUGAACCUACUUCUCCCACCGAUUUGGUUGAGAGUCCUUCAGAGUUUGAUGAUCACCCAGUCAGAGUUGCAGCUACAAAAGCUCCGGCAACUGUUGCCACCUGCUACGAGCAAGUGGACAUUCCGAAGGCUGUGGCAACAGCACUGGAAAUUGCCUCUGUAGCCAAUGUGAGGAUGAACGAGGUGGAGCCGUGGGCCAAGUUGAAGAAAACCACAAGUGCUGAGGACAAGAACUUGGCAAUACGCGAACUCCUAGUGAUGGCUGAAGGCGUUCGAAUAUGCGCUGUGCUACUUUCUCCAGUUACACCUGGACUUAGCGCAAACAUUUUUGCUGAAUUCGGCCUUGAGCCUGAAGGCCUGACUUGCACGGAGAGUGUUUUGUCAAUUUGGUCGCACACAGGUCAGCUGUCCUGGGAACGCACUAAAUGGAGUUGGGAUGUGAUGCCUGGUUUGGUUGGACCAAAGCCAAAGCCGCUCUUUCAGCGCAUCGAUUUGGAACCGUGGCAAGGGAAAUGAUUUUCGUCGCUUGCUUUUGGCCGAAACUCUGGCUGGAAUUUUCGCGACCCAAUUGCUUGGAA